GUCUCAUCAGCAGCAUCACCAUGUCCGGACGUGGCAAAGGCGGCAAGGCAAAGGGCAAGAGCAAGACCCGUUCCAGCCGUGCGGGUCUCCAGUUCCCCGUGGGCCGUAUCCACCGCCUCCUGCGCAAGGGAAACUACGCUGAGCGCGUCGGAGCGGGCGCACCCGUCUACCUCGCGGCCGUCCUCGAGUACCUGGCUGCCGAAGUGCUCGAGCUCGCCGGCAACGCGGCUCGCGACAACAAGAAGACGAGGAUCAUCCCCCGCCACCUGCAGCUGGCCAUCCGCAACGACGAGGAGCUGAACAAGCUGCUCUCCGGCGUUACCAUCGCGCAGGGCGGCGUGUUGCCCAACAUCCAAGCCGUGCUUCUGCCCAAGAAGACCGAGAAGAAGGCGUAAGCGAGCUGCUCCCUCCCAUCAAGCCGGAGUUGCAGGCUCGUCCUCGCACGACAACCCAACGGUCCUUGUCAGGACCACCCAAAAUGCGUGUGACGGCAGGGUGUUGCUUUGCAAUCCCGUUCUCCGCACCCGUUUCCCUCUGUUCGAAUUUUUUCUUCCUUCUUUUUUAAACUACCGCAAUCGUGGCUCGGUGAGAUUGCUAGCAUCUCUCGCUGCACGUAAUUGGCCAGCAUUCGCCGGCGCUAUUAAUUGCGUGCAACGCCUCGGGAGGAGCAAGAAAGAAAGGCGAACCCUUAUGAUUGCGACACAUACACACACUUUGCUCGAAUAAACGUCGACAAGCGAGUGAUGCACACAUCGCUAGACGAAAGAAUAGCCGUCACUUGGCCGUGUUGGUAAACACGUCCAUGAUGGAAAAAGCGCUACUAAAACGGCGACUUUCCUAUUGAUAUAUCGCACACGUUGAACUGUGCUUCUUUCUUUUUUUCCAGCGAUAUUGGCCUCGUGAUGACUGAGAGAGAGAUUAUAGUUGUAAAGGAUGGGCUUAAAGUGCAGCGCGAUAACCGUCUCUCAAUACGUGCAUUCCGCAUGCACGAACGCCGUAAGGGAAGAAAAAAAAAAG